AUGCUUCCUGGUCUCCUUUUUUUUUUCUUUCUCAUCGUCUUAUGCCCCUCUCUGUCUCUUUCCCCACUUUAUAUCCCUCUCACUUUCUUACACCAUUGUGUUUCCCUCUCUUGCUCUGCUGCAUCCCCUCUAUUUUUCUUGUCCCACUUCCUCUCUAUUCCUUCUUUUUUCCUUUUUUUUUUCAUUUCUAUUCCCUUCUGCAAUUCUCUCUCUUUUUCCUUCCCCUCUGAAAUUCUCUCUCUCUUUACUUCCUCUCUACAUCUCUCACUCUUUUUCCUUCCCUCUGCAAUUCUCUCUCUUUUUCUUUCCUCUCAGCAAUUCUCUCUUUUUUUCCUUCCUCUCUGCAAUUCUCUCUUUUUUUCCUUCCUCUCUGCCAUUCUCCUCCUUUUUUUUCCUUUCUGCAAUUCUCCCUCCUUUUCUUUCCUCUCUGCAAUUCUCUCUCUUUUUCCUUCCUCUCUGCAAUUCUCUCUCUUUUUCUUUCCUCUCUGCAAUUCUCUCUCUUUUUCUUUCCUCUCUGCAAUUCUCUCUUUUUUUCCUUCCCCUCUGAAAUUCUCUGUCUUUUCUUUCCUCUCUGCAAUUCUCUCUCUUUCUUUCCUCUCUGCAAUUCUCUCUCUUUUCCUUCCCUCUGCAAUUCUCUCUUUUUCCUUCCUCUUUUUCCCUUUCUGCAAUUCUCUCUCUUUUCCUUCCUCUCUGCAAUUCUCCUCCUUUUUUUCUGCUUUCUGCAAUUCUCUCUCUUUUUCUUUCCUCUCUGCAAUUCUCUCUUUUUUUCCUUCCUCUCUGCCAUUCUCCCUCCUUUUCUUUCCUUUCUGCAAUUCUCCCUCCUUUUCUUUCCUCUCUGCAAUUCUCUCUCUUUUUCCUUCCUCUCUGCAAUUCUCUCUCUUUUUCCUUCCUCUCUGCCAUUCUCCCUCCUUUUCUUUCCUCUCUGCAAUUCUCUCUCUUUUUCCUUCCUCUCUGCAAUUCUCUCUCUUUUUCCUUCCUCUCUGCAAUUCUCUCUCUUUUUCCUUCCCCUCUGCAAUUCUCUCUCUUUUUCCUUCCUCUCUGCAAUUCUCUCUCUUUUUUCCUUCCUCUCUGCAAUUCUCCCUCCUUUUCUUUCCUUUCUGCAAUUCUCUCUCUUUUUCUUGCUCUACUGUGUCUUCUCUUUCCUUUUGCUUUUCCUCUCCAUCUUCGAUUUAUGACUAA